AUGGCUACACUCGCAGAAAAGGAUUCUGUCCCCGCAGACCUGACAACAUCCCCAGAUAAUUCCGAGACCGAAAGGGGCGUUGUCGCCAGCACCGACCAGUCCACCGAUGGCGCGCCGCCGCCACCCCCCCGUGAAGUUCACGGUAUCGUAUGGGUCCUGGUCGUCGGGAGCAUUCUGAUGGCCAACUUCCUGUUUGCGACUGACAACACCAUCGCGGCCAACAUCCAGCCCGCCGUCAUCCGGCAGUUCAACUCGCUCGACAAGCUCGCCUGGCUCGGCGUCGCCUUCCUGGCCGCGUCCUGGGGCGCCAAUUUCUUCUGGGGAGACAUGUACGCGCGGUUCAGCGCAAAAUGGACCUUUUGCGCAAGCUUUGUCGUCUUCUCCGUUGGCUGCGCCGUGGCCGGAGCUGCGCCUACCAUGGAUGCUCUCAUUGUCGGACGUGCCAUCUGCGGCAUGGGAGGGUCGGGCAUGUACAUCGGUUCCAUGGAUAUCCUGACCAAGAUGACUUCGGACCGGGAGCGGCCGCUUUAUCUGAACCUCGUCGGCAUUACUUUUGGCGGCGGAACUGUGCUUGGCCCCAUCAUCGGCGGUGGUUUUGCAGGGAGCAGCGCAACUUGGCGCUGGGCCUUUUACUUCAAUCUUGUGGUCGGUGCUGUCUGCGCCCCCAUCUACAUCUUCCUGCUUCCAGCCCUUAACCCCCUCCCCGGUAAAGGCAUCAAGGAACGGCUACGCGGCUUCGACUUCCUCGGCAACCUUUUUGUCAUCGGCCUCAUCGUCUGCAUCGUCAUGGCCAUCACCUUUGGCGGCCUCGAAUAUGCCUGGAACUCUGGCCAAGUCAUUGCCCUUUUCGUCCUCGCCUUCGUGCUGCUCUGGGUGUUCCUGAUCCAGCAGCACUUUGCCUUCCUCACCAAUACCACGAACCGCAUCUUCCCGAUGCACUUCCUCAAGUCGGCCACCAUGAUCGUGCUCUUCCUCGAAGUCGCCUGCUGCGCCACCUGCGUCUUCGUCCCCGUCUACUUCUUGCCGCUCUAUUUCCAAUUCGUCAAGGCCGACACCCCCAUCCUCGCCGGCGUGCGCAUCCUCCCCUACGUCGUCUUACAAAGCGCCAUCGCCAUCACCGCGGGCUUCAUCGUCGGCAAAACCGGCUACCACGUCCCCUGGUUCCUCUUCGCCGGCGUGCUGUGCAUCUCAGGCUCGGCGCUGCUCUACACCGUCAACCAAUACACGCCGCUCGCCAACAUCUACGGCUACCAGAUCCUCCUCGGCCUCGGCUCCGGCGCCGCCACCCAGCUCACCUUUGCCGUGGCCUCCAUCAAGGUCAAGACGGCGCUGGACGUGGGCCGCAGCACGGGCUGGCAGGCCUUUGGCCAGCUCGGCGGGCCCUCCAUCUCGCUCGGGAUAGCGAAUGCCGUCUUUCUCAACAAGGCCCACGCCGCGCUGGGGAGUGUGCUGCCCGACGCGAGCAUCGCCGAUAUCAACACCAUCAUCUCGGAGCCGAACAGCCGGUUGCUGCGCGACAUGCCGCCGGACCUGCAGGCCCGUGUCAUUGAUAUUGUCGUGGGUUCUAUGAGCAAUGCGUACAUCUUGUGCAUUGUGGCGGGGUGCUUUGUCUUGCUCCUGAUCUUUAGAUUCAAGGUCAACGACAAGCUGUGGUAG